AUGUAUCAACAACAACAACCUUAUUAUCAUCCAUCACAACAACAACGACAACAACCGAAUUUACCCAUCGGAUCAGUAUCACACCAGCAAAUAACUGUACAGAAUAAUUUUCAACCAAACAUGUAUCCUCCACAUCCUCAACAACAAUAUCAACAACAACAACAACAACAACAACAACAAUAUAAUCCAUAUGGAUCAUCAUCUGCUCCUCCAUUGGUGAUGAAUCAACAACAGCAACCACCUACUUAUGGACAGCCUAUGAAUCAACAACAACAACAACCACCGAUGCAUCAUCAACCGAAUUAUGGACAAGUUGUGCAACCAACAACAUCGGGUGGAUCGAUUACAGUUUCUACUACACAACAACAUCCACAUUCAUUCUAUUAUCCAUAUUAUUCAUAUCAGACAACUACUAAUACUAACAUUCCAAUUCAUGGACAACCACAACAAGGAUCAGUCCCACCACCACAACAACAACAUGUACAACAACCGUAUGGUCAACCACAACCACCAAUGAAUCCACCAAGUACUAAUAUUCAACCUAUGAAUCCUUAUGGUCAACCAAUGAUGACUCCACCACCUGUUGUGAAUAGUUCACCAUUAACUGUUGCCUCAGUCCAAACUAGUAUUACAUUCAGUAAUACUACUACUCCAACUCCAACACACAACAGUAUUAAAUAUCAAAUUAACCCACCUCUCCACAUUGCUCCACAUUAUUCAUUGAGAGGAGAAUUGGUAUUAAAAACACAACAUCCAUUCUGUGUGAGAGCUAUGCAUCAUUCACCAACAAUUAUUAUUGCUGAUUCGAAUACUAGCAAAAUUACCUUGUUGGAUAGUUCAAGUGGGAUGGUAAGAGAAACCUUCGAUGUUACCACAGGAUGUGUUGGAGGUGUUGGAGUUGAUCCAAUGGAUGACAGUUUUUAUAUUGUUUCUGGACAGAAAAUUCUAAAAUAUGGAGCUAAUGGAGUUCAUUUGGGAACUUUUGGAGAGAAUUUCAAUUUGAAAAAGCCAUACGGUCUAACAGUCGACGAUCAAGGGUUUGUCUAUAUCUGUGAUCUUCAUCAACAUAUUUUUGUAAUGACUCGUGAAGGAAUCAUGGUCAGAUACAUCUCAGUAGAGAAGCCUUAUGAUAUUUUCUUUGAUAAAUUAAAUCAAACUCUUGUAGUGACUGACCAAGAUAAGGAUUGUGUAAGAGUUUUAACUAAAGAAGGUCUGAAAAUUAGAAAAAUUGGUGGAAAGGGAAAUGCUAAAGGUCAAUUCAUUUCACCAAGUGGAGUUUGUGUAAAUGCAGGUAGUAACAUUAUUGUUGCAGAUUAUGGAAAUCAUAGAGUGCAAGUAUUUGAUUGUAUGGGAAGAUUCCUCUAUUCUAUGGGAAAUAAGGGAAAAUUAGAAUCAGAAUUUGAUUUACCAAGAUCAGUAUGCACUGAUAUUAAUGGAAAUUUAUUUGUUGCUGAAUAUGGAAACUCUAGAGUUCAAAUAUUCAGGAAAAUGUAAAUAAACUUCUCUUUGCCCAGAUAGAUUGU